AUGUCGAAUACAACCUCUGACCUCCAUAGCCGUCUUCUCCGAUUAUCCGAACCAAUAGCAGAGAUUCUCAGACGCACACCGCAAGAGACCACAGCCAAAGUAUCCACCAAAGAUAUACUCUUGUCUCUGUUACCAAACACUUCCUCUCCUCACUUAAUCAACGAAGAAGAGCGUCUCGCUUCCAUCAAGAGUCUCGCGCUUGCCUGUGCCCUUCUCUCUUCUUCUCGAUCCUCCACUCACGAACUCCUCUCAUGGAUCCCAGAAAGCCUCUCAAUCGCAGGGGAAUCAGCAUUCCGCGAGAUCUCUCGGGAUUACUUCAGUGAAUCUCCGAACAGUAAUGGUGAGAAGCUUGAGGAAUUGGUGAUUGAAUUGUUGCCGAUUGUGUUGCCGGAGUUGAAAGACACAAUCGAAGAGAGCUCAAACAGUGAAGCAGAGGAUGGUUCAGCUGCAAUUGCGAGAAAACCAGUUGAAUAUGCAAUCCUGGCUGUUCAUCAGCUCAGAUGGUUUGUGACUCAGGUUGAGAAACCGAAUUUGGCGAAAGUUUGCAACUUGGUGGUUCCUUGUGCUUUGACAGCACUUGAUCAUUGGUCUCCUCAAGUCAAAGGACAGGGAAUGAUAAGCUUUGUACAUUUGGCUAAAAAUGUGAGUUCGAGUGAUCUUGGUUCGUAUGGAGAUGUGGUUCUUGAUGCUUGUUAUCAGAAUAUAGCUUCAGAUGAUGAGAUUUGGAUUCAUGUGGUAGUUUUAUCUGUGCUUCUCGUGACUAAAAUCCACCCAAACAAUCCACGCAGCCCCUGGUACGAGAAGAUCAUGAAUGAGAUGCUUGGCCAUGUGGAACGCCAACCAAGAAACAAAGAGCGGCGUAUCGCUUGGCUAAGAUUCAUGGAGCCACUCUUGAACGCUCUAGGCCUGUUCUUGCUUGCUCAUUUUCGACGUAUCUUCCCUCUUUUCUUUCAAUGGAUGCAUUCAGACGAUGCUGAAACCGUUUUGUUGGUUCUUGAGAGACUGGAGACGGUAGUGAGGUUGACAUGGAUUAGAAACUCACCUGUGAUUCCAAGAUUGGUGGAGGAGCUUGUUUCCUUGUACAAACAGUCAUCGAUGCGUAAGGAGCGCGAUGAAAUUAGAGCUCUUAUCCUCCGUAUCUUGAUGCUACUCCGAGAGAGCAAAGGCUUACAGUUUGAGUCAGCAUGGAGUCAGCACAAGGAGGAUCCAAAUUUGAGCACCGUUGGCGAAUAUAUAUGGAGUAGGUCGUCUUCAUCUGAAGACCUCCUUCGCUCAGAGUCUUAG